GUGUUGUUAAUCUUGAGUAUAGGGUGGUCUUAUGUGAGGGGCUUGUCCUCAAAGAUGAGCUUUACUGGUUAAUUGCAAGUGUAAGAUUUGUUUUAUUUUCCUGUCUCUAAUCUGCUGUACUUUAUUUUAUUCCUAUCUGCAGUGAAUUCUAGCAGGUUUAGAACCAUGGGGGAUGAUGAGAUUGCAGCUUUGGUUGUGGAUAAUGGAUCUGGGAUGUGUAAGGCUGGAUUUGCUGGAGAUGAUGCUCCCAGAGCUGUAUUUCCGUCCAUUGUGGGACGCCCUCGACACCAGGGAGUUAUGGUGGGAAUGGGUCAGAAAGACAGUUAUGUUGGUGAUGAAGCCCAAAGCAAGAGAGGAAUUCUGACCCUAAAGUAUCCAAUUGAGCAUGGAAUUGUGACCAACUGGGAUGAUAUGGAGAAGAUUUGGCACCACACCUUCUACAAUGAGCUGAGAGUUGCCCCAGAGGAGCAUCCUGUUCUCCUCACAGAGGCACCUCUGAACCCCAAAGCCAACCGAGAGAAGAUGACCCAAAUCAUGUUUGAGACUUUUAACACACCAGCCAUGUAUGUCUCCAUUCAAGCUGUGCUAUCCUUGUAUGCUUCUGGCCGCACUACAGGCAUUGUACUAGACUCUGGCGAUGGUGUUACCCACACAGUACCCAUCUAUGAGGGCUAUGCCUUGCCCCAUGCCAUUCUACGGCUAGAUCUGGCUGGUAGGGACCUCACUGACUAUUUGAUGAAGGUUAUGACUGAACGUGGAUACUCAUUCACGACCACAGCUGAGAGGGAGAUUGUACGAGAUGUAAAGGAGAAGCUAUGUUAUGUGGCUCUUGACUUUGAGGCUGAGAUGACAAUGGCUGCCUCCUCUUCUUCCCUAGAGAAAAGCUAUGAGUUACCUGAUGGCCAAGUCAUCACUAUUGGUAAUGAGCGCUUCAGGUGCCCAGAGGCUCUCUUCCAACCUUCUUUCCUAGGAAUGGAGACAACAGGGAUACAUGAGACAACCUUCAACAGUAUAAUGAAAUGUGAUAUAGACAUUAGGAAGGAUCUGUAUGCCAACACGGUAUUGUCUGGUGGAUCCACUAUGUACCCAGGUAUUGCUGAUAGAAUGCAGAAGGAGAUUACAGCCUUGGCUCCGAGCACAAUGAAAAUUAAGAUCAUUGCUCCACCUGAGAGGAAAUAUUCAGUGUGGAUUGGUGGUUCCAUCUUGGCUUCUCUCUCUACCUUUCAGCAAAUGUGGAUCACCAAACAGGAGUAUGAUGAGUCUGGGCCCUCCAUAGUCCAUCGCAAAUGCUUCUGAGAUUUUUUUUGCUGCAUUCUACAUAGAACAUCUUCCUGCUGCUCCUAACUUUUUAUUGUCUAUGCUGUUUGGAAUGUGUAUUGAUAUCUAUCUUGUGGCAGGGUUUUCCAGUUUGUGCCUAGAGGUUUCUUGGUUUAAAGUCAUUAGUCCUAGAAAAAAUUGUAUGCAACCUUGCAAAUCUUGCUAUUAUCAUGUACUGUCCUUGACAUAUUUUGGUUGAUCAUUGGCAGUCCAAGAUUAUGACAAUAUUGUAAAACCAACUCCUUCAUGGUGUGCACAAUAGGAACCAAGGAUUAGUUAUUCACCUUGGACAACUAACAUUUGCUUGAGAGCUUGUUGCAAUUGGUCAGGAUCUUUAUGCAGUAAAAUGACAGCUUUUUUGUUCUUGAUUUGAAAUAUUAAGUAAUAACAUCAAGUUGUUUGAAAUUGUCCAGUGCAAGUUUAAUUGUAUUUCCUGUUUUAAAUGUCUAAUUGCUUUUCCUCACUUGCCCAUUUUUCUCCCUAGGCUUGUCUAAAAUUUAUGCUACUGCUCAGCUCUCUUCAAAGUGCUUAUUGUAGACUUCCAUUUUAGCAAGGUGGUUUAAGUAAAUGAGGACUGAUUAUGAUUUGCAUUUGGCAGCCUGACGUCCACAAAAUUGAAACUUUGGGUUUGUCCUAAGAUUUCUAGUUAACAACUGGUUGGUCCAUUCAAAUUGGAGAUCUGAUCAGUGUAGUUAAUGCAACUAAACAUGAGGGCAAAUUGAGUAUUAAAAUAUGAUAAAAGCCUAAUCUCAAAACCAUUGAAUGGAAUGUAUGCCUGUUUUGGUCUAGCUGAGUUCUAUUUCAGAGCUCUGAAGUACCCUUCAAGGACUUGAAGUGGUUUUAGAGUAUAGGUAAUUUAAGUUGGACGAGGAAAUGAGAUCUCUACAUUCAAUUCCCAUGGUUAUAGUCUCACUGAUGUAACUUUUUGUCUAUCCUGCUUACUUUUCUACCACAACUGUUUCUUUUCAUUCAAAUAGAUUGAUUUUAAAAUCAGUGGAAUAAGUUAAGUUUACUUCAUCCUUCCAAAUCUCUUCAGGAAUAGAAAUGAAAUCAGCUUUGCGUCAACUGGCUAUUGAUGUUCAUGGUCUAAUGAAUGUAAUGCUCCAGCUAAAUAUUGUGCAGGUGUUGCUCUAUGCUAGCAGUUCCUGACUCCUCCUUCAAAUGUUAUUAAAUUGUAUGCUUUAAUGAGCAAAUGGCCUUAUUGGAUGUCCAUAUCUGAAGUUUUGUCCAACUAAAAUCUGUACACAACAGAUUAUGGAACUAUAUAUUAUAAAACCAGUAAAUAAAUCUUAAAUUGCACUUGAUCUUGGUUAUUUUCCUCUCUCUCCCAAAGCAUGAUUGGUGUCACUAAAGCAACAAUGGAAUUUCUUUGUUUGUGAAACAGUGGGGAAUUUCUCUUGAUCCAUUGCCCAAACUGGAUACAGAACAUGUGAUGGAGCUGCCUCUUAUAAAUUACAACACCAAGACUAGAAACUUCUGUCUCUAUUUGUUAAAGUGGAUGCUCCAUGCUAGUCUGCUUGAAGUGAUUUGUUGAAGAUGUAAAACCAUUCUGCCUAUCUUGUCUUGUGUUUAUCUGCCUAAAAUUGCCACUUAUAGC